AUGACAAUAAACUAUCACAAAGAGAUCAAAACUUCGCACACGUGGAAAUUUUUCGUAUUACUAUUCAGAUGGAAAGGUUCAAUCUGGAAGGCCAUUUACAUGGAGACCAUCAUAUUUCUGAUUUGUUAUGGAAUAAUAUCAGUUGUCUAUAGAACUGCAAUGAGUGAACCUAGUCAAAGAACAUUCGAAUCAGUUAUACGGUACUGCGACAAACGCUUGUCAUUCAUUCCAUUGGAAUUCGUCCUUGGGUUCUUUGUGACAAUAGUAGUCGACCGCUGGACAAAGCUUUGGAGAACUGUUGGAUUUAUUGAUGACGUUUGCCUUCUUGCAAACCUCUAUGUUCGUGGAACAUCUGAGAAAGCAAUAAUUUAUCGCCGGAAUAUUGCAAGAUAUUGUGCUUUAACCCAACUUUUGGUAUUUCGAGAUGUUAGCAUGAGAACUCGUCGAAGAUUUCCAACGAUGGAGACAGUUGUAGCGGCUGGAUUUAUGAGUAAAGAUGAGCUCGACUUGUAUAAUAGUUACACAACAAAAAAUAAUAGUAGACUCGGGAAAAAGUACUGGAUUCCGGCGAACUGGGCGCUUUGCAUGACUUACAAAGCACGUAAAGAUGGAUACAUCGAGAGUGACUAUUUCAAAGCUCAAAUGGAAGGAGAAAUCAGAACAUGGAGAACAAAUAUCGAAUGGGUGUGUAAUUAUGAUUGGGUACCAUUACCUCUGAUGUAUCCACAACUUGUAUGCCUCGCUGUCAAUUUGUACUUUUUGGUGUCAAUUAUUGCCAGGCAACUUGUCAUUGAGAAGCAUAAGAUGGUAGACGAAGUUGAUGUCUAUUUCCCUGUUAUGACUUUUCUCCAGUUCAUUUUCUAUAUGGGAUGGCUCAAAGUAAUUGAAGUUAUGCUGAAUCCAUUUGGAGAAGAUGAUGACGACUUUGAGACCAAUGCGUUAAUUGAUAGAAAUAUAACGAUGGGACUCAAGAUGGUGGAUAACACAAUGAAAACCCCGGAACUUCUAAAGGAUCAGUUUUUCGACGAAGUCCUGGUCUCCUUGCUAUAUUCUGAAGAAUCAUCUCAAAUUUCAAAUUAUCAUUAUCACGGUUCAACGUCCGAAGUCCAUCUGGAACAAAAAUGUAGCUCUGUUCGAAUGAUACCUCACUCACAAUCAGAAUAUACUUUGAAGCAUAUGAGAAAGCAAACCCUUAGCAGAAGUGUCUUACCUGAUGUGAAUGAAAAUGAAAGGUGGAAGAUCCCAACGAGUUUGGAGAAAUUUUAGAAUAAAUAUUUGAUUAUUUAAA